AUGGAGACGAAGUUCCCAACAAGUACGCCGUCCCCGGCCGGAUCCGGCGCGUGGGAGCUGAGGUGGCAGGUGUGGCGGCGGUUCGACGUGCUGACCGAGUGCGGCCUGCACGAGUGGUUCCGCGACCCGUACUUUGACGAGGGGGACGACGGGCGCUGGAUGUGUCCCUACUACGGGCUCAAGACGGGGGCGAGGAGGGCUUGGCUGCUGGCCGAGGCGGCCGAGCGCGGCGACGACGAAGAGGCCGUCGAGGCGCAGCUCGCGGAGGACGAGGAGAGGAUGACGGAGGGUGACCUGUCCGAAUACGACGAGGCCAAGUGGCUCCAGGUGAUGUGGGAGGAGGCGGGGCAGUGGUUUGAGGAAAAGCCCCAGACUGUUUGGGGUCAGGAGGUAGACUGGGAGCACUGGUACUAG